CAACCUUCCUCCCUCCUCUCCCAUAAGUCAUCUCAUUCUCGUCUACUCAAAUCUCAAAUCUCAUUCUUCUAUCAGCUCUCAAGAUCUUGGCAAACUUAGUUUCAUCGUAACUACAAGAACAGGUAUAAGAAAAAAGAACACCAAUUCAUCAGAAGAACAAGAACGCGUAUAAGAAUUUGAAGACCUGGUUUUGUAUUAGUAUAACACAACCAAAGAUGACUUACCAGCUGUGUUAUGCUAGUUGUGGCAGCAAAGAUCAAGAAGUGGAUAUUAUUCAUCAAGUGAUUUCAGCCUCACCAUUAUCAAACCUUACAGAAACAACCCAUCAUUCUAGUAACCUUGACGAACAUCAUCGUCAACAACAAGAACAAUCAGAAAAAGAAGAACCAACUCCAACUACUACUGCUAUUAUUAUUGAUGAGAUCAGCCAUAUUGCAGAUAAGGAGGAACCAGCUGCAGUGGUAAAAAUGUCAGUUGAUAAGUACUAUUCUCCUUUGCCAGCGGUGGAAGUUGUCUCCGGACGUGAAAGAUUGAAGAGACAUAGAAAUGAAGUAGCAGGUCGGGUUUGGAUACCAGAUUUAUGGGGACAUGAAAAGCUUCUCAAAGAAUGGACUGAUUGUUCUGCUUUUGAUUCUACACUAUUCCCUAAUGGACUUAUGUCAGCUCGUGCAGCGUUAGUUCGAGAAGGAAGGCGAGCUAAUAUGGAGAACAGGUGUUCUUGAAUAUGAUACGUACGUACAAUUUGUUUAGUAAAAUCAAUAAUAAGAAAGAUAAAAAAAUUUCUCAAUGUUUGAUAAAGCCUAAAGGUGAAUUAUUGGAGGUCUAAAUAUUAAAAUAUGUGGAGAGUACAUGUAUAUGAAUAGUCCUUUCGAUUCUGUUUUGCCCUCAGUUUUGACUUUUGAAUAAAUCUCUCCACAAACACUAUGCAAGCUUACAUUUGCUUUAUUAGUUCCUUUC